AUGCCAGAGGUUGAAGGUUUGGAAGAUUGUGUUGAAGAACGUGUUAUUAAUGAGGAGUACAAAAUUUGGAAGAAAAAUACCCCCUUCCUUUAUGACUUAGUGAUGACUCAUGCCCUGGAGUGGCCGAGCCUAACUGCUCAGUGGCUUCCUGAAAUUACUCGCCCUGAAGGCAAAGACUACUCCAUUCAUCGUCUCAUUUUGGGCACGCAUACGUCGGACGAACAAAACCAUCUUCUUAUUGCCAGUGUUCAGCUGCCCAAUGACAAUACUCAAUUUGAUCCCAGUAACUAUGACCCAGAACGUGGAGAAUUCGGUGGAUUUGGCGCUGUAACGGGCAAAAUUGAGAUCAACAUUAAGAUCAAUCACGAGGGUGAAGUGAACAGAGCGCGUUACAUGCCUCAGAAUCCAUGUGUUAUCGCCACAAAAACGCCGAGUGCAGAUGUGCUAGUCUUUGAUUACACUAAACAUCCAAGCAAACCCGAUCCAUCAGGUGUUUGUGAGCCCGAAUUAAGGUUGAGGGGACACCAGAAGGAAGGAUAUGGGUUAUCUUGGAAUCCCAAUCUCAACGGAUAUCUUUUAUCUGCCUCCGAUGACUACACGGUGUGCAUGUGGGAUAUUAACGCGACACCCAAGGAGGGUCGCAUAAUCGAUGCGCAUACCAUGUUCACGGGCCACACAAGCGUGGUGGAGGACGUGGCAUGGCACCCCCUGCACGAGUCUGUCUUUGGCUCAGUGGCGGAUGAUAAGCGUCUCAUGAUUUGGGAUACGCGUAGUUGUGGCAGUACCUCCACUGGUGCUGGAACCACUGCUACGGCGAGCAAGCCCAGCCAUUGUGUGGAGGCGCAUGCUGCUGAGGUGAACUGCCUCUCCUUUAAUCCCUUCUCGGAGUUUAUUCUCGCCACUGGCAGUGCAGAUCGCACAGUCGCUCUUUGGGAUCUCCGCUCGCUGCACAUGAAGCUGCACUCUUUCGAGUCCCACAAGGAUGAAAUUUUCCAAGUGCAAUGGUCACCACAUCACGAGACCAUCCUAGCCUCCUCCGGCACAGACCGUCGGUUGCAUGUGUGGGACCUCAGCAAGAUCGGAGAAGAGCAGACCCCGGAAGAAGCUGAAGAUGGACCACCCGAACUUCUCUUUAUCCAUGGUGGGCACACUGCUAAGAUCUCCGAUUUCUCCUGGAAUCCUUGUGUACCCUGGGUCGUCUGCUCCGUCAGUGAGGACAACAUCCUGCAAGUCUGGCAGAUGGCGGAAAAUAUUUACAACGAGGAUGAACCGCCACUGGCCAUCGAACCAGAGUAG